AUUUGCUGCUUCUUAUUUGGAGAGGAGCUUAAGCAUUAAGGUAUAGACAAAUGGAAAGCGAGGUUGCAGGAAAGUUGGAAUUUUGAUAUAUAAUUUCGAUUCGACUUAUCUUGACUAAAAUCUAUCGCAAAUGGAAUCGACUUUGUGCUUCUUCUUCUGGGUUAAAAGCUCGGAUCCAAUCUGAAGAAAGGAACCAGUUUCUUGAUUCUUUCUCUAUCCCAUUGAGAUUGCGGAUUUGUGGGUUUUCUCCGACAAGAAACAUGUUCGAAGGUCGACCUCGAGAUUCUUGUCUGGUUUCAACGCUUUUCGCCAUGCCAAGCCAAAAAGAAACCAAAUGGAGCUUUUUGAUUUCCGGGAAACGCCCUUUCCUCAACAACGACGAGACCGAUCUUCCUAACCACAACAACAACAACAACAAGAAGGUUCACAAGCUCGCAGAUUUCUUGAACCCAGAUGAUGAUUGCUCCGACGACGACGGAGGAAACGGAAACGGAAACGGAUCUUCAGAUUCGGGAUCGCUAAUCCCAGGGAUGAACAGAGACGACUCAAUUAGCUGUUUGAUUCGUUGCUCUCGAGCCGAUUACUGCUCCAUUGCUUCAGUGAACCGGAGCUUACGCGCUCUGAUUCGAAGCGGAGAGAUUUACAGGCUGAGGAGGCUACAAGGGAAGCUCGAGCAUUGGGUUUACUUCUCUUGCGAUCUCAACGAAUGGGAAGCUUUUGAUCCGAAAUCGAAACGGUGGAUGCAUUUGCCGAGCAUGCCACACAACGAAUGUUUCAGGCGCGCAGACAAAGAAUCUCUCGCUGUAGGAACUGAUUUGCUUGUGUUUGGUUGGGAAGUGAGUUCGUUUGUAAUCUAUAGAUACAGUCUUUUGACCAACUCUUGGUCUACGGGUAAGAGCAUGAACAUGCCUAGAUGCUUGUUUGGCUCUGCUAGUUACGGUGAGAUCGCGGUUUUAGCAGGAGGUUGCGAUUCGAGCGGUACGAUUCUCGAUACAGCUGAGAUGUAUAACUACGAGGAUCAGACUUGGUCUGUGUUACCGGAGAUGAACAAGAGGAGGAAAAUGUGUUCCGGUGUGUUUAUGGACGGGAAGUUUUAUGUGAUUGGUGGGAUUGGUGUUGGAGAAGGAAAUGAGCUAAAGGUUAUGACUUGUGGGGAAGAGUUUGAUUUGAAGACGAGGAGAUGGAGAGAGAUCCCUGAGAUGUCUCCGCCGAGGUCAAACCAUGGGAACGGAAUGUCUGCAGCAGCUAUGGCUCCACCGCUUGUAGCGGUUGUGAAUGAUCAGCUUUACGCGGCGGAUCACGCCGGUAUGGCGGUGAGAAGGUAUGAUAAGGAAAGUCGGGUUUGGGUUAAAGUUGCGAACUUGCCUGAGCAAGCUGGUUCGAUGAACGGUUGGGGUUUAGCGUUUAGGGCUUGUGGAGAUAGGGUUGUAGUGAUUGGUGGACCAAAGGCUCCUGGUGAAGGGUUCAUUGAGCUUAACUCAUGGGUUCCAAGUGAUGCUACACCUGAGUGGCGUUUACUCGGCAAGAAACAGUCGGUUAAUUUCGUUUAUAACUGCGCGGUAAUGAGCUGUUGAACAAGUUCAGAAAGAAGAAAGAAGAGAAUUUUACUUGGGGGAGAUGUUGGAUUUAGCUGUCUUUAACUUGGGUAUAAACACACAGGCUUGUUAGUGAUUGAUGUAUUAACAAUUGCAGGAGAUUGUUGUCCUUUGUUACUUGUUGUAAUUGUGUAGUUUCCUGUUGAAUUCUAUCUUUUGA